UGUGACCGUCUUUAAAGGAAGUGUCCUGGGACAUAGAGAGAAAGAAAGAAGCCCAAAGAAGGAAAAUAAAGGGCUAUGAUUUCCUUGUCCUGUUGCUUUGUCUCUGGCUCCCUCUGCCUCUGGAAGAGUAGCCACAGGACACAAAGAUGCCCAGCUGGUCACUGCACGCCCAAGUUCAGUUUAGCUGGUGCUUCUCUCCUGUUUAGCCUGACUGCUUUCUCUGAAGGGGAGGACUCAUAGCCCGACAGCCUUUUAGUUUAACCUGAAGAGUGUGUGCCGCCUCUCUGCCCACCCCAAGAACUCGCUGGAGGUGGAGGAGAGGGGAGAAAGAGGAGGACUUGAAAGUGCCUGAGGAGCUCCCGAUGCUAAGAGGAGACAAACAUUCCUGUGGACGACGCAGAAAGGACAAAGCUGACUGAUUUAUUGCUGUUUUCCAUAUUUUUUUUUUUUUUAUCUCCCUGUCCUUUGGCGCACACCAGUGUUUGGAGAUCUUUGAAAACACAAACCAAAACACCAGUCCCGAAGCCCCAACCCCUUGGCUAGCUCUUAUGGGAAUGAAACACUCCUCCCGCUGCCUGCUCCUAAGGAGGAAAAUGGCGGAGAACGCUGCCGACAGCACCGAGGUUUGCACCAUUCCAUCCCAGCCUCCUCAGCCUACUGUUGUUCCAAAGCCAGUUCAGUCUGUCAUCCAUGUUCCAUUGCAACCAAGCUGUCCAGGCCGAGGCAAGAUGGCAAAGCUCAUCAAUCCAGAAGAGAUGACAUCCAGGGAUUAUUACUUUGAUUCCUAUGCUCACUUUGGGAUUCAUGAGGAAAUGUUAAAAGAUGAAGUGCGCACAUUAACCUAUAGAAACUCAAUGUAUCACAAUAAACAUGUUUUUAAAGAUAAGAUUGUCCUCGAUGUUGGAAGUGGCACGGGAAUCCUCUCCAUGUUUGCUGCAAAGGCAGGAGCCAAGAAGGUAUAUGGGAUUGAAUGCUCAAGUAUAUCUGACUACUCAGAAAAAAUUAUCAAGGCCAACCACUUGGACAACAUAAUCACAAUAUUUAAAGGUAAAGUGGAAGAAGUUGAAUUACCUGUGGAUCAAGUAGACAUCAUCAUCAGCGAGUGGAUGGGUUACUGUCUGUUCUAUGAGUCAAUGUUAAACACAGUCAUCUUCGCACGAGACAAGUGGCUGAAACCUGGAGGGCUAAUGUUUCCAGACCGAGCUGCUUUGUACGUGGUAGCAAUUGAAGACAGACAGUACAAGGACUUCAAAAUUCACUGGUGGGAGAAUGUGUACGGCUUUGACAUGACCUGUAUUAGGGAUGUUGCCAUGAAGGAGCCCUUGGUGGACAUAGUAGAUCCAAAGCAAGUGGUGACCAACGCCUGCUUAAUAAAGGAAGUAGAUAUUUAUACAGUGAAGACUGAAGAAUUGGAAUUUACUUCUGCAUUCUGCCUCCAAAUUCAACGCAAUGAUUACAUUCAUGCCUUGGUCACCUAUUUUAAUAUUGAAUUUACAAAGUGCCACAAGAAGAUGGGAUUUUCUACAGCACCUGAUGCUCCUUAUACUCACUGGAAGCAAACUGUCUUCUACUUGGAGGACUAUUUAACUGUGAGACGAGGAGAAGAAAUCUAUGGGACUAUAUCCAUGAAACCAAAUGCAAAAAAUGUGCGUGACCUGGAUUUCACAGUAGACUUGGAUUUUAAAGGACAGCUAUGUGAAAUGUCAGUAUCUAAUGACUACAAAAUGCGUUAGCAAGAAACCUCUCAGAGAGACGAAAAGGAGAAUUUUAUCAAGUCUUGAACUGCUGAGCUUCAAGCUAGGAACAACUGUUCACAAGAUUCUUAUAUUAAAUACUAGAAUGUUUACUCUGAUGGAGGGUGGUAACCUGAUCUUUCUUGCAGAUAGUACAGGGGGCUGGGAUCCCACUGUGAAUGUACAGUAUACAGAACUGUAGCUUUUGUUAAAUAUAGGAAAAAAAAAAUAAGCAACAGUCUUGAGUGUUCUGGUUAACUUUAGGAUGGCAGAAGAUGCAUAUACAAAUUGCAUUACUUACUGUGAAUUUCUGGUUCUUCCAAGCUUUGCAUGUUAAAGAUGAUUAGGGCAGUUUUCUCACUAUGAAAGACUACUACAGCACAUUACUGUGAUAGUAUUACUGGACUUAUAUUCAAUAUAAAUGAAUAUAUAUAUUGUACAUGAGGAAAAAAAAAGUCACUUCAUAAUAGGAAUUUUUUGUGAUUAUUAAAUUCUCAUUACGCAGUUAUGGAAAGAUAAUGAUGUUACCUCUGGCGCUACUCUAGGUAGUGAUAUAUUCCAUUAACUGUCCAAUGUUAUAGCUUUGGUAAAUAUUCCAUGCAAAGUGUAGAUAAGAGCUGGGCAUUUACAGGAAGUUCAACAACUAUAUUUUUGAAUGUCCUCUGAAAAUGUGGACCAUUAGUUUUGAAAUUCACCUUCACAACUGGAUGUCUGUCAGAGCUUUAAAAAACUAGCUUUUUAUCCUUGAAAAUAUUCUGUUGUGAGUUUUUAUAGCUGGAUUUUGCAUGAGACUUUCAGAAAUCAGACACCUAGUAUUUAAAUGUGAUGAAUGCAAAGUCUCUGAAAUGGUGGAUAAUUCAUGCUUCUUGGCCAUGUCAUAUUUUAGUUCUUUGCAAAAUUCUUAAUACAAAAUAAUUUUUAAAAAAUAGGAAUUAGUGUUACCUUUUGGUGAUGUUUUAGAUAAGUUUUAAAUUGCAAAUACUAUUCUCAAGAGUGCAGUAAUUUGCAGGAGCAAGUUAAUGUCUUUAAAAAAAAAAUGUUGAUGGCUUCUGAUAUUACUAAGAUGUCUGUAGCUUUCCCGCCCCCUUGAGUCCCUUGUUUUUCGUACAAAAUCUCCUGCUUAUUGUUAAAAUAUUAAGUGCUUAUAAUUCCUCAUAUGUGUGUAUCAGGUCUUUUUACUAUAUGAAUAUGAGCCAUUUAACCACAUGUAAUUCCUCAACAACUGCAUCACCAGUCCUAUUGACACAUUUUCCAGUCUGCCUGGCAUUAGGCACUAAAUCAUGUUCUAUCUUGUACUGGAUAAAACUGACUAGUUUUUUGCCUAAAAAUAUUUUUAAUCACCUGCAAAUAAAGCAUACUUGAAGAUGUA